UGGAGGGAUCGGAGGGUCACCAACUUUGACUACCUUCUUGCCGUCAACUUUGCCGCAGGACGUAACUUCAACGAUUUGGCGAAAUAUCCCGUCAUGCCAUGGAUCAUAGCAGACUAUCACAGUCUCUGCCUGGAUCUCAACAGCCCCAGCUCAUUCCGGGAUCUCUCGAAGCCUAUCGGUGCCCUCAACGAUCAAAGACUUGCAAGCCUCAAAGGAAGAUUUAACGAGAUGCCCGAGCCCAAGUUCUUGUAUGGCACCCACUACAGCACUCCGGGCUACGUCGUGCACUUCCUUGUCAGGACGUAUCCUGAUCUCAUGCUGCAUCUACAGCGAGGAAAGUUUGAUGACCCUGAUCGGACCUUCUCUUCCAUCUCCAACUCAUUCAGGAGUGUCUUCACUAACCCAGCCGACGUCAAGGAGCUGAUCCCAGAGUUCUAUUCUGACGACACCUCCUUCCUCCUGAACAAAAUGGACUUGGACCUUGGUCGCAAGCAAAACAGUCUGCCAGUACCAGACGUUGAGCUGCCACUAUGGGCAACAGAUGCCUCCGACUUUCUACGGCAGAAUCGCGAAGCUUUGGAGAGCGAGUACGUGUCGGAGCACCUGCACUUGUGGAUCGACCUGAUCUUCGGAUGCAAGCAGCAGGGGGAGGCAGCGAUCGCAGCCGAUAACGUUUUCCACCCGUGGACGUACGAGAGCAAGGUAGAGUGGGACGAGCACAAAGAUGAAAUAGAGAUCGAAGCUCUCCUGCAGCAGAUACAAGAAUUCGGGCAAUGCCCGGAUCAGAUCUUCCUGGAGGAGCAUCCGUCAAGG